UUAAACCGCCUUUCCUCUUUUUUUGCUGGGUAACUGGAAAAGGCAGAAAGUAAUGCAUGUGGUGAAUACAGGAUAUAGUUCAGCUACAAGAGACAAGAGAACUGACUUGGCUUAGCCGACCCACUGUCUCUUAAAUCAUCGCGGGUGAAAGAAUAUAAAGCUAUUCUCUUAAGACAAAUUAGAUUCCAAAUCAUCAAGGUAUAUGGUCAUUGGCUCGUAGCUUAUCACCCGGAAUCUACUUUCUCGACUGCAUGUUCCUGGUUCGUACACGCAUAUAGACUGCUAUUUUUCACGCUGCGUUUGCGCAAAAUAAGCAAUCCCCUUCUUCCUUAUACACAUUUGCACUAUGGACUUUAGGGGACAAAAGAGAAGACAUUUUGGUAAGUGUCCCAAUUCAUACCACUCAAUAUAUACUAACCCGGCAGAUGGAUCGCCGGACCGUGAGUUCAAGAAGCAGCAGAAGGACCCGUUCGUGGAAUUGAUGGAGCGGAUGACCAAGGACAUCCGCGAAAUCGGUGAGACGUCGCAGCAUGAACUUGCACGCGACCUCGAGUACAUUACGCGUCCGAUUGCGGGCGAGUUGGAGAAUGAACCGCGCUUUCGCGCGCCGUUCUUCGAGACGUUGUACGCGGUGGCUAUUGAGCAACCGCAUAAGAUCCCUCUCCUCGCAGCGAUGAUCCAGGUGGCGUCUUCAAAAAACCCGGCCGUGGGCCAGUUUGUGUUGGAGUUUUUGCACCGCCAGGCACAGGAGUUGCUUGACUCGGAGCCAGAGACGGGCACGUCCAGCGAGCCCGGCACGUGGAACCGCUUAAAGCUCAUCUUGCGCUUCUUCGCAGCGCUCUCGCCGCUUGUCGCGAACUUUGGUGCGGUGGCGAUUUUCCGCCAGUUUUUGAUGCUCGCAAACGACGUACAGGCGCGCGCGGUGACGCGCGUGCCGUUGGCCGAGGCCGUCCACUACAACACCUUGGUAUCUUUACCGUACUUGUUUGCGCUUGGAACGUCUGCAGAGAUGAAGCAGAAGGCGGAUGAGUUGCUCGAGGUUGCGAAAGAGUUCAAACCUGUGCCUACUGCCAUCGAUGUCAUCCAGGUCUUUAGCGCGAAUAGCGCCGCAGACACGGUGCCACAUGUAUCGCAGUACCACGUGUCGAGUAUUCUCUCGGCGCUUUUGCAGCUACAGGCGGAGGGUUGGGCCACCGGAUUCUUCUAUGACUACGAAUCCGUGCUCGCACAAGCGUAUGCGCUCGUGGAGCAGCCGGCGGCCACGUUGGUGCAGCACAGCCUCCCACAAUUGGCGAUUCCAGCAGCUGAAACGUUAGUGGCACGGUUCGGUGCAGGCAACGUGGAUGGCGCGUGGAAGGCGCCGCGUGCAUGGGUGCAGAUGUUUGCGCCGCUCGACUUCAGCACGCAGCCUGCGUUCGACUCGUUUAUCGGGCUUCUUUUCCGUGAUGUUUGUGUUGACAUUAUCGCAACGUUGGAUUUCAACAAGAAGGAAGCGGUCAGACAGCUCAACACGUUGGAUUUAUUUUUCCACGAGAACCUCUUUGCGAAACCCGGCUUGAGUAUCGACGACUUGACCGUUAUCAACAGCAUGAACUUGAACGGCGAGUUUUCGCCUGCCAAGUCCACGUGGAAGAUCGAGGACAUGCUCGUGGAGACGAUUUUGAACUUUAUGAUGGAAUUGCCGCAGACCCAACACCGUCUUGUGUACUACGCCGUGUUGAUCAUCGAGUUUAUUGAUCGUUUGCCGCAAAAUUUUGCUCCCGUCAUCGGAAGAGCGAUCCGGUUCCUCUAUGCAAACGUGCACUUAUUGGACUUUGAGUGCAAGGGUCGCUACUACGACUGGUUGUCUCUCCAGUUGAGCAACUUUAACUUCCAGUGGAAAUGGCGCGAGUGGAUCGGCGAUGCUGAGGCGUUGGCAACGUCGCGCUUCAACCCGAAGAUCAACUUGUUCCAAAACUUGAUUGCUAAGGAGGUGGGCUUGUCUGAUAAACAUACGGUGAAGGAGAGUUUGCCAGCGGAGUUCCAUCGCUUCUUGGAUAUCUCACUUGUUUCUCAGGAAAAGGUUAAGCAGUACGACACAGCGCUCUUCGGGCAGCCGAUUGCGGGUGGCUAUGACGUGAACUUGACUAACACGUCGUCGUUUAUCGAGGAAACAAGGUUAGUGUUCAUCCAGGAGAAGAUUCCUUUCCAGAAGCAGUCGUUGCGGAUUUAUGACCACUUCAGAAACCAGGAUCCUAACGAGAACUUGGACAAGAUUGUGGCUGAGUUCAGGGAGCAGCACGAACAGGGAGAGGAAAAGUUGCCAAACUUGGACAGAUUUUUGACCAACGCAAUCUUCCAGUCAUUGUGCUUCUGUGCGUUCAACUCCGUGUACAACGUGGAGAACUUGAUCAGUAGAUACAGCGCCAACUUGAAGGCUUUCAUCGGGGUGAAGAAACAAACAGAAGCUGCUAAGAAUGAAGCGGAAGAGGUCCAGGAAGAUGUUCAGAUGGAAAAGGAAAAUGCUCUUUCUUCAGUCGAUAUCCAAAAGAGACAGAGCUGGGUGGUGGAGGCAAUCUUCCGUUUCUGGAACCACCAGCCGCAAGUGGCGUUCUUGAUCACCGAGAUCCUCAUCACGUAUGAGUUGGUCACGCCGAGCGCGCUCUUCGACAAGAUUUUCGCUCACCAGGACGCUAUUGUCAUUGCCAAUGUCAGUGGCUACGACUGUGUGUCGCGUGUGAUUGCCGACUCCGACAAAGCUGCAAAGAUUUUACAGUCUGUGUACCGCACCGUGUUGGUGCAACUCGACACGCUCACCACACACAUUGGCGAGCCCGGCGCGAUCGAAACGGAAACUGACGUAUUGAGCUGUUCAGAGCAGCAGGAGUUGAGAUGGAAGUACGUGGGCUAUUUGGGCUACCUCAAGUUGCUCUUGAGAAAGUACCCUGCGAUGAUCGAGGAUCAGGAAGAUGUGUUCCAGCGCGUGUUAGAAGAGACCGUCUCUCACGGCCCGUCCCGUGCCAUGAUCACCCGGUGGAUCAGCGAGUUGAAGGCGAUUUGAUAGGUGGAGGAUGUAGUUUAUCCAUGUAUACUAGAAGGAAGAAGUGUAGCAGGGAAAUGAAGGCCGUGUGAGGGGAACGAGUGAGUGGAUGGUGGCGAUGGAAGGAUGCCAACUGAUAAUGGAAGGAAGAGAAGGUGAAAAGAGUAACGAAGCCAAGUGAGAUCAUCAAAUAACUGAAGGUAGGACUGAUUACUAUAAGGUAAUAAAUCGGAGAUUAAAC